UUAUGCGCAGUGAGGAAGGUCAGUGACUAAGGUUCAAAUUUCAAACUUCAUGGUUAUUUACCUGUUGCUACUUGCUAGGUUAUAUGUUAUAUGUGCAUAAACUCAUUUUAGAACCACGUUAAGUGUACCUCUAAUACCAGAUUAAGAUAAGAUACUGACGUGUUUUAUAUGUAGGUAACUUUUAGUAAAAUGGAGUUCGUCAGCCUACCGGUAACUGCUCUAAAAAACGUUGUUAAUAAUCACUUUUCUUCAAAAGAACCAUGGCAAAUAGUAACAAUAACUACAUCAACAGUUCUUCUUUCAGUAUGGAUUUACGAGUUUAUAUUUCAGGAUGAAAGCGUCAUAGAGAGAGCAAAAAGAACCUUCUUUAAAUAUAUUAGAUUAAUACCAUCGAUUCGGAAGGAAAUUGAUUUAAAAAUGGCAGAAGUUAAGGAUGCUUUGGAGAAAGAUGUCAGAGAGAGAGAACAUCUGGUUAAAUAUAUCACUCAGCUUCCUACUGCUGGGUUAUCUAGGAAUGAUAUUCUUAGGACUGUUGACAAUAAUUUAAACCUUGGUGGAUUUAAUUGGAAGAAUGGAAAGGUGUCGGGUACAGUUUAUUAUUCAAAUCCUGAACUGCUAGAGCUAGUGAGAGAUGUAUAUGCUAAAACAUCAUACACAAAUCCCUUGCACCCGGACGUAUUUCCUGGUUUAUGUAAAAUAGAAGCAGAAGUUGUGAAAAUGGGAGUUGAUAUCUUUUAUGGAGAUGCUGAAACUUGUGGAACAAUGACAACUGGAGGUACAGAAUCAAUUUUAAUGGCAUGUAAAGCAUAUCGCGACUAUGCACUGGAGGAAAAGGGUAUUAAAAAACCAGAGAUGGUGAUCCCUACCACAGCUCAUUCCGCAUUUCAUAAAGCGUCACUUUAUUUUAAAAUACGUAUACGUUAUGUUCCCAUUGAUCCACACACCACUCAGGUUAAUAUUAAAGCGAUGAAGAGAGCGAUCAAUUCAAACACAAUCAUGCUUGUUGGUUCAGCACCCAACUUUCCCUACGGUACUAUGGAUGACAUUUCCGCAAUAUCUGAGUUAGGUUUACGGUAUAAUAUUCCUGUUCACGUUGACUCUUGCCUGGGCGGUUUCCUGACGGCGUUCAUGGCAGAAGCCGGUUAUCCCGUUCCGAUAUGCGAUUUUCGACUACCAGGUGUAACAAGCAUUUCUGCGGAUACUCAUAAAUAUGGUUUCACACCAAAAGGUUCCUCAAUUAUACUUUACAGUAAUCGAAAAUUCCGUCAUCACCAGUAUACAGUAACGACUGAAUGGCCUGGUGGAGUUUACGGUUCUCCGACUGUUAAUGGGUCACGUGCGGGUGGUACUAUCGCAGUGUGUUGGGCAACUAUGUUAAAUUUCGGAAAGCAAGGUUAUAUACGAGCAACUCGCGAAAUUAUACACACAACUAAAUACAUAGAAAAAGGGUUAAGGGAUAUUAAAUCAUUGUACAUCUUUGGUCAACCUGCGACUAGUGUAAUAGCGAUUGGUUCUUGCGUGUUUGAUAUUUAUCGCCUUUCCGCCAGUCUGAUAAAAUUAGGGUGGAAUUUAAAUAUCUUACAAUUUCCAUCAGGCAUACAUAUUUGUAUAACUCAUGUCCAUACACAACCCGGUGUUGCUGAUCAAUUUUUAAAUGAUGUUCGAGAUGCUGUUGGUGAAAUACUGGAGGAACCGCAGGCUCCAGUUGAAGGAAAGAUGGCGAUAUAUGGAGUCGCACAAAGUGUACCAGAUCGUUCUAUUGUAGUAGGCUUCACACGAUGCUUCCUAGAUUCCAUGUAUUAUACUCCAACAAAAGAAGACACCAACAAAAAAUAAAUAACUUUUAUUAGGUAUGAUGUUCGUCUAUAAGUGGAAAUAUUAUCUUUAAUAUGUUAAUAUGAACUAACUGUUGGAAUAUAAAUGUCUAUUCAUUAAAGGGCGGUAAACCAAA